AGAGAACAACAUUUACCUUUUUAUGAGGAUGGGACUGGAAAUUAAUCUUGUAUUAAGGAGUGAAUAUCAACCUUCAUUCUGGUCUCGCUCAAGAAAACUGCUGACGGAGCCCAUGAAAAAAAGAAAUUUCAGGGCAAAGCAGGAGUAGACCCUGCACCAUGGCAGAGAAGUGCGAUUACAUCGCAAGCGUCUACGGUUAUGAUCUGGGUUGCCGAUUCAUCAACUUCAGGCCGUUGGGCUUUGGUGUGAACGGGCUGGUUCUGUCCGCAGUCGACAGCAAGAGCUGCUGCAAAGUCGCCGUGAAAAAGAUCGCCAUCAACGAUGCGCAGAGCUUGAAGCAUGCAUUCCGGGAGAUCAAGAUAAUCCGCCGACUGGAUCACGACAACAUUGUGAAGGUCUACGACGUCUUGGGGCCCAAAGGGGCGGACCUCCAAGGAGACUUGUUCAAAUUCAACAUGGUGUACAUCAUCCAGGAAUACAUGGAGACGGACCUGGCCCGUCUGUUGGAGCAAGGGCCGCUUUCAGAAGAACACGCCAAACUUUUCAUGUACCAGUUGCUCAGGGGCCUGAAAUACAUCCAUUCCGCCAACGUCUUACAUAGGGAUUUAAAACCAGCCAACAUUUUCAUCAAUACGAAUGACCUGGUGUUGAAGAUUGGGGACUUUGGAUUGGCCCGAGUUGUGGACCAACAUUACUCACACAAGGGUUACCUGUCCGAAGGCCUGGUGACCAAAUGGUAUCGAUCUCCCCGAUUGCUCCUUUCGCCCAACAACUACACCAAAGCUAUUGACAUGUGGGCAGCUGGCUGCAUCCUGGCAGAGAUGCUUACGGGAAAGAUGCUUUUUGCUGGAAGCCAUGAGUUGGAGCAGAUGCAACUCAUUUUAGAAACCAUCCCUGUUUUCCACGAAGAGGACAAGGAAGAACUUCUCAAAGUGAUGCCAACGUUCAUCAAUAGCACCUGGGAAGUGAAACGGCCCUUACGGAAGCUUCUUCCUGAAGUCAACACCAAAGCUAUUGACUUUUUGGAAAAGAUAUUGACAUUCAAUCCGAUGGACCGGUUGACAGCAGAGAUGGGCCUUCAGCAUCCUUUUAUGAGGCCGUACUAUUGUCCUGAGGAUGAACCUGUUUCUCAGCAUCCUUUCCGGAUUGAGGAUGAGAUUGAUGACAUUUUGUUGAUGGAAGCUAAUCACAGCCAGAUGUCCAACUGGGACAGGUACCAAGUAAGCUUAUCCUCGGAUGUGGAAUGGCGACACGAAAAAUGCCACGAUUUGGACGAGGCGCAACGAGAUCCCCGUGCAGGAUCUGAAUCCACUGCCGAGGAAGCUCAAGUGGAUCCCCGCAAAUAUUCGCAGAGUAGCUCGGAGAGAUUUUUGGAGCAGUCGCAUUCCUCAAUGGACCGAACGUUUGAAGGAGACUCCGGGCACUCCUGUGAUUACAAGGUUGGCUCGCCUUCUUACUUAGACAAGUUGCUGUGGAGAGACAACAAGCUCCAUCAUUAUUCCGAACCCAAGCUCAUCCUAGACUUGUCCCAUUGGAAAAGAGCAUCUAUCGCCCCCGAGCCAGAGAUAACUCUAGAGGAGGAUCCAUCCAACCUUUUCCUAGAGAUCGCGCAGUGGGUCACAAGCACCCAGACGGGGCUCGACUGUCCCAACGCGCUUCCGGAGAUUCAGGAACGGAGUUUGCCAUCUUCUCCUCCGCGUCUCCACAAAGAACCCAAGGAAGUCGACAAGAAAACCGACCCGCAGUUUGACUUGGAUGUCUUCAUUUCCAGAGCCUUAAAACUUUGCACAAAGCCGGAGGAUCUACCCGAUAACAAACUCAAAGACAUCAACGGAGCCUGUCUAGCAGAACACCCAAAGGAAAUUGUUCAGACAGAAGGGUUUCAUAAAGAGAGGUGGUAA